UGGUGUGGUUAGUCUCCUUAUUGUGACACCCCCCCCUGGUGGAGCUAACGUCCUUUCAAGUCCAACCGGCUGCGACUGAGCCCGACCCCGCCCCCCUCGUGUCCUGAGCGGGCUCUCCCUGUGCACUCACCGAACAUCCCGACAACAGCAGCCGCUACUUGGGGGGACCUCUUUUGGACGAGCUCGUCCGCAGGACAACCGGAGACUCCUCGGCGGGGAAAACAUCCCAAAAGUCUCGGAAAGAAGCGCAAAGACUGAUUAAAGUUGAAGUCCGAUACACGAAAGCGUUUCCCUGGGUGGGGGAAGGAAUACUGUUGUCCUGGAGCAUUUCUUGAGACUGGAAGCCCAGAGAUGAGCGGCGUCUUAGGAUGAGAACCGUCUGCCACCGCCCUGUCUCCCCCAGACCUGCAGGAGGAGCACGUUGGGCCUCAGCGUGAGAUUGCGUGGUGUGGCUAACGCCGUCGAGGUGCCAUGGCUCUCGUCCAGGCUUUUCCUGUUACUGACCACCCCAAUCCCAGUCUCGACGCCCAGCCGUUACCAUCUCAGUCAGCCCCUGCCUCCUGCAGCACGACCACAGCCAUGGGUUCCGUAAGUAGUCUCAUAUCGGGCCGCACGUACCAAGAGAGGCACUGCCGAGCCGCCAGCGAGUUCACCGCCAAGGCUCGACGCUCCACGCCAGCUACCAGCUGCUUCCGGCUCCAGGACAACACACUUCGCAGCGGAAGCUCCUUGGAGCAACUUCUGGUGAUCAACAACCAGGCGCAGCCCCAGGCAAAGAUUCUACCUCCACCUCUGCCCACCAAGAAGCAGCCUCGGCCGGGAAACUCCACGGAAGGUGGAAGCUUAACAACCGCUGGUGCCACAGGCGGAGGAAUUAAUAAGAACUUAGGGUGUGUGACCAAUGACAUGGUAGUCGGGGACUGGAACGACAACCUGGUCGUGGCUACUGCAAGUCCCUACAGCGACUCAGAGGACCAAAAGGACAACAGGACUUUGAAUGGGAACAUUGGAGGACCUCCUCCAAAACUCAUUCCAGUUUCUGGACAGUUAGAGAAGAACAUGGAGAAAGUGCUGAUCCGUCCAACAGCGUUCAAGCCUGUCGUUCCCAAGAAUCGCCAUUCCGUGCAUUACCUGUCUCCACGGCCAGGGGGCAGCAGUCUGUCAGAAAGCCAGGGCAGCCUCAACCUCCUCCUGCCCCUCUCAGCAUCCGGCGGCGCCAACGGGCCCAGCGGCGCCGGCUCCGCUUCUGAAGAGAAGCGUGACUCCUACUGCGGGGGGCGCAACGCUCGAAGCAGCCAGUCCUGCUCCAUGUCAGACUCCGGGAGGAACUCUCUCUCCAGCCUUCCCACUCACAGCAGCACAGGCUACAGUUUGGCCCCCAGUGAAGGCUCCAGUUCGGGCUCGGGCUCCGGGGGGCAGUUGGAGCCAGGGCAGGCUCUGGUUCGAAACAUUUCAGGUGGAAUCGGGGGACACGGUCACUCAGACAGUGGACGCUCAUCAUCCAGUAAGAGCACUGGGUCCGGGUCGCUAAGCGGGCGCGGGCAGCCCCUGUCCGACAGCGGCUCAUGCGGCCACUCGUCUCCGCCAGCGGAGGCCUACGAGGUGGUGGUGAAGGACCUGGAGGAAAAGCUGAGGGAGCGCGACAUGGAGCUUCAGCAUCUGAGGGAAAACCUGGACGAGAACGAAGCUGCCAUCUGCCAGGUUUAUGAGGAGAAGCAACGUCGCUGUGAGAGAGAGAUGGAAGAGCUGAGACAAAAUUGUGCCACCAAGAUGAAGCAUGCCUCCCAGAAGGCCCAGAGGGCUCAGCAAGUCUUACAGUUACAGGUGUUUCAACUACAGCAAGAGAAAAAGAAGCUCCAGGAGGACUUCUCCUCUCUGCUGCAGGACAGGGAAACCCUGGAGAGAAGGUGUGCCACCAUCCAGCGAGAGCAGACCCAACUGGGUCCUCGACUGGAGGAGACCAAGUGGGAGGUGUGUCAGAAGUCAGGAGAGAUCUCCCUCCUGAAGCAGCAGCUGAAGGAGAUGCAGGCAGAGCUCAGCCAGAAGGCUGGCGACAUCGUGGUGCUGAGGGCCCAGCUGAGAGAAGCCCGAUCGGAGCUGCAGGCCAGCCAGGUUCGCUCUCAGGAGGCCCAAGCGGCGGUGCGGACACGAUCUCUGGAGCUGGAGGUCUGCGAGAACGAACUCCAGAGGAGGAAGAGCGAAGCCGAGCUGCUGCGGGAGAAAGUGCUGCGCCUGGAGGAGGAGCUGGUCCGCCUCCGGGACACUCUGGCCAGUCACGGCGGGAGCAUGAAGGGUCAGUGCAUGAGCCUGACCCUGCAGCAGGGGAGAGGACUGCCGGGGCGGGGCGGCCCCAGCCCUUCUGUGUACCGGGAUGUGGAGGACGGUCAUCUGGUCUGGGGAGGAGAGAGCGAUGAAGCCAAGGCACAGAGACAGAAUGCAGAAACCCUGCUGGGACUCAGACAACAGGUGGACAGGUUGAAGGCUGAGCUCAUUUAUGAGAGGAGGUCAGGCGAGGAGCAGAUGUCUCGAUUUGAGGAUGAAAGGAGGGUGUGGCAGGAGGAGAAAGAAAAGGUGAUCCGCUACCAGAAGCAGCUGCAGCAGAACUACAUCCAGAUGUACCGACGAAACCGGGACCUGGAGCGAGUGAUGCGGGAGCUGAGCCUGGAGCUGGAGAACAGGGACAUGAUGGACGACUACGAGGUCCACAGCGGCAGCAACGAGAUCCACUUUGAGGAAAUCACCGCCACUGAGAUUUAAAAACUCAACGUGAAAAUGAUUAACGGUAGACACAGACCGAACACCAGACCAAAACAAACACGGCUGACUUUUACCUCUCGAGCGGCUCCCAAAGGUGCGUUGUUACUCGCUCUCUCCUGCACUCUACAUGAUCUUUCAUUCGGUGUUUCACCUGCAGCACAAAACCUCUUCUCUUCUUUGGGAGCAAAAGUGUUUGAAUCAGGGUAUUCAGGAAGUUGGAAAUGCAAAAAAACUAAACAAAAAAAGGUAAACAAUAGGGCACCAGCAUGCAUGUUCAAUAAUGAUGUCAUCAUAAUCCUCACUGCUAAAUAUUCAUAUAAUCCUUUAGACCUCAGCAUUGUCACUAUGUAACUGCUGCACUGAGCCCCAAACUUAUAACCAAGGGGACAAGAAUUCCAAAUAUGCUGUCUUCUCUGUCGGGGAUAUUUGCCUGACCAUGCUCCUCAUCUGGUAGUACCACUCUCUUCCCAAAGGGGGAGCCACAGUGCAAACUUUUUCACUGCAAUUUUCCACGUUCAAAUUGUACCUGGACGCAUCAGGAACGCUAACAAUGGACAACAAGUGUCUCCUAUAUACUUAUUUUAUCUAAGAGGAGAAUGAGGGCGAUAAAGUGGAGUAUAAUACUGCAGCGUCCGUGUCUAAGCCACACGAACAAGGUAAAUGAAUGUUUAGUUGUUUUCAUUUGCCGUCGCGAAUCCUCGAUCUGUUAAACCAGGGAGUACUACAAAUACCGUAUUUUUCGGAGUAUAAGUCCCUCCGGAGUAUUAGUCGCACCGGACGAAAAUGCAUAAUAAAGAAGGGAAAAAACAUAUAUAAGUCGCACUGGAGUAUAAGUCGCAUUUUUGGGGGGAAAUGUAUUUGAUAAAACCCAACACCAAAUUAUAGUUAUUAUGGUAGUUUAUACUUACAGGCUGAUGAUGUACGGAGGAGUGGUUUAAUAUAUUCCUACACUUAUACCAUGUAAAUAAACAGACACUAUUAGGUCACAGUUAUUUUACUAAAAAGUUAGCACAUGAAAUACAAACCAAUAAUAUAAUAAAUGAUAUGCUUUAAAAAAUAAAGUGUACCGAAUUGUUCAUAAAAACUCAGGCUUUUGUUCUCAAGAUUAUGAUGGCGGUCGUGUAUUUGAAAAAUACGUUUUAGGAACGCGCCUAACAAACGGUGGCUCUAAGGUGCGCGCCUGCGCAAUUGCGCACUGCUCACGCGCCCUCUGCCCACAAUAAAUUCAUACCGCGCACAAAUAAAAUCCAAUCUGAACUCAAAACAAAAUAAACAUGACUACCGUAUUUUUCGGAGUAUAAGUCGCUCCGAAGUAUAAGUCGCAUUGCCUGAAAAUGCAUAAUAAAGAAGGAACAAAACAUAUAUAAGUCGCACUGGAGUAUAAGUCGCAUUUUUGGGGGAAAAUUAUUUGAUAAAACCCAACACCAAGAAUAGACAUUUGAAAGGCAAUUUAAAAUAAAUAAAGAAUAAUGAACAACAGGCUGAAUAAGUGUACGUUAUAUGAGGCAUAAAUAACCAACUGAGAACGUGCCUGGUAUGUUAAUGUAACAUAUUAUGGUAAGAGUCAUUCAAAUAACUAUAACAUAUAGAACAUGCUAUACGUUUACCAAACAAUCUGUCACUCCUAAUCGCUAAAUCCCAUGAAAUCUUAUACGUCUAGUCUCUUACGUGAAUGAGCUAAAUUAUCUUAUUUGAUAUUUUACGAUAAUGUGUUAAUAAGUUCACACAUAAGUCGCUCCUGAGUAUAAGUCGCACCCCCGGCCAAACUAUGGAAAAAACUGCGACUUAUAGUCCGAAAAAUACGGUAGUACCUGGUGGUAGUAGGAAGCAGUAGAAUAUUGGCCCGAACAUCUCAUAAAAGUGAAGAUUUUUGUCAUGUAAACAAACCUCCCAUUUUAUGCCUAGUUUUUUAAAAAUGAUGAUGUAGCCUGAUUGGAUGCUGCCCCCUGCUGUUUGGCAAUGGAAACUGUAAGGCUAGUUGACUGCCAAAGAAUCGCAAAAGUACCCGUUCUUCAUUCUGGGGCACAUAUUUGAAAAGAAAUGUACUAAAACACUGUUAUAUCGUACUAAAAGAGUGGAACUGUACAAACACAGUUAUACUGUUCCAAAACAGUUAUAUUGUACUAAAACAGUGAUACUGUACAGAUACAGUUGUAUCGUAGUAAAACAGUGACAUUUUACAAAAAUGAUUAUACUGUUUUAGAACACAGUUAUAUUGUACUAAAACAGUGAGACUGUACUAAAACAAUUAUAUUGUACUAAAACGGUGAAACUGUACAAAAACAGUUAUACUGUUCUAGAACAGUUUAAUUGUUCUAAAACAGUGAGUCUGUAGAAAAAAAAUGUAUAUCGUACUAAAACAGUGACACUUUACAAAAACGGUUACACUGUUUUAGAACACAGUUAUAUUGUUCUAAAACAGUGAUACUGUACUAAAACAGUUAUAUUUUUCUAAAACAGUGAUACUGUACUAAAACAGUUAUAUUGUUCUAAAACUGUGAUAUUGUUCUAAAACAGUGACACUUUACAAAAACAGUUAUACUGUUCUAGAACACAGUUAUAUUGUACUAAAACACAGUUAUAUUGUACUAUAACAGUUAUAUUGUACUAAAACAGUGACACUGUACAAAAACGAUUAUACUGUUUUAGAACACAGUUAUAUUGUUCUAAAACAGUGAGACUGUAUUAAAACAGUUAUAUUGUUCUAAAACAGUUAUACUGUUCUAGAACACAGUUACAUUGUACUAAAACAGUGAUAGUGUACUAAAACAGUUAUACUGUUCUAGAACACAGUUACAUUGUUUUAAAACAGUGAUAGUGUACUAAAACAGUUAUAUCUUACUAAAACGGUGACACUUUACAAAAACGGUUAUACUGUUCUAGAACACGUAUUUUAUUAAAACACAGUCAUAUCGUACUAAAAUAGUGACACUGUACAAAACGAUUAUACUGUUUUAGAACACAGUUAUAUUGUUCUAAAACAGUGAGACUAUUAAAACAGUUAUAUUGUUCUAGAACACAGUUGCAUUGUUCUAAAACAGUGAUAGUGUACUAAAACAGUUAUAUCUUACUAAAACAGUGACACUUUACAAAAACGGUUAUACUGUUCUAGAUCACCGUUAUAUUUUACUAAAACACAGUUAUAUCGUACUAAA